AUGAAUCCAGCUGAAGGAGUAAGCUCUAGCUGUAGGCAAAAGACUCCAGUUGAACAAAACAGACAGCAGGUGAGAUAUCCAGAUCGUAUAACUCUUAUUAGAGGGAACCAUGAGAGUCGCCAAAUUACACAGAUUCGAACAAUUGAUAGAAAGCAAGAAGUACCCCAUGAUGGUGGCAUGUCUGACCUCUUAUGGUCAGAUCCUGCAGAUAUUGUUGAUGGUUUGUGGCUUAACUUCUUACAAAAUUGUCCUAUGAUGGCAGCUAAAUUGCUAAUGGGUGCAUAUAGAGUGAUUUUCAUGGAUGAUAUAUCAACUGGGCUUGAUAGUUCAACAACACAUCAAACUGUUAAUUAUCCUAGGCACACAACUCAUGCUCUUGAUGGGACUACAUUCAUUUCACUCUUGCAACCAGAUCGAGAUGUUACCAGUUUUGAGAACCAAAAAUUUAUCGUAGUUCUUGAUGAUCAUGAAUGA